CAGGGGGAAGCCGAUGGCGGUGGCGAUGGCCGGCGCGGGCGCGCGCGGCCCGUGCGUGUGCUGGUGGACAUGGACGGCGUGCUGGCCGACUUCGAGGGCGGCCUCCUGCGGGCCUUCCGCCGCCGCUUCCCCGAGGAGCCGCACGUGCCGCUGGAGGAGCGCCGCGGCUUCUUCGCCCGCGAGCAGUACCGAGCCCUGCGGCCGGACCUGGCGGACAAAGUCGCCAGUGUGUAUGAAAGCCCAGGCUUUUUCCUCGAUUUGGAGCCCAUCCCUGGAGCCGUGGAAGCCAUGCAUGAGAUGCACGCCAUGCACGACACCGAGGUCUUCAUCUGCACCAGCCCCCUGACCAAGUACCAGCACUGUGUGGGUGAGAAGUUCUCCUGGGUGGACAAGUAUCUGGGGCCCCAGUUUGUGGAGCGCAUCAUCCUGACGAGGGACAAGACGGUGGUCCUGGGGGACCUGCUCAUCGAUGACAAGGACACCAUUCUAGGCCAAGAGGAGACCCCAGCCUGGGAGCACAUCUUGUUCACCUGCUGUCACAACCAGCACCUGGUGCUGCCCCCCGAAAAGAGGCGGCUGCUUUCUUGGAGGGACGACUGGAGGGAGAUCAUAGAGAGCAAGCGGGACACCGCGGCCGUGGCCCCAGGGCGGUGGACAGUGCUUAAAGGAAGGGAAGACAGGCCGGCGGGGAAGCCCAGCAGAGCUAAGUGACCGGGCAGCCUCGUGCGGUGACCCCAGCGCUGGGGAGCAGGGGGACACAGCAACCUCUACUCUCACAGGCCAGCCACCUGGCACCUCCCGAGAUGGCGGCACGGAAACACGGUGGGAAGUCAGUCAGGAACCUGUUAAUAAAACAGUUCGGCUCA